CGGAGGGCAGGGCGGGUGAUCCGGGAAGGUUGUUCGCGAGGCUUCCCUCUUCUCCGCGGCCCAAGGGCAGGGCGCCCGCGCGUAGUCUUGGAGGCGAGGACUCGUGAAGCAGGAAGAAACUCCAAAUUGGUUGAGAAGGAAAAAAAAAAUAGAAGCCAUGUUUCGAAGACCUAUUAUACAGGUAUUUCAUCUGUUUGGAAGACAUUUUUCUGAAGGAAGUACCAAUUUAGUUCUUGAAAGAUCUCUUAAUCGUGUUCAGUUACUUGGAAGAGUUGGCCAGGAUCCUGUCUUGAGACAGUCAGAUGGAAAAAAUCCAGUUACAAUCUUUUCUUUGGCUACAAAUGAGAUGUGGCGAUCAGGGGAAAGUGAGAUAUCCCAACAGAGUGAUGUCAGCCAAAGGACCACAUGGCACAGAAUAUCAGUUUUCAGGCCAGGCCUGAGGGAUCUAGCAUAUCAAUAUGUGAAAAAAGGGGCUCGAAUAUUUGUAGAGGGGAAAAUAGACUAUGGUGAAUACACAGAUAAAAACAAUGUGAGACGACAAGCCACAACAAUCAUAGCUGAAAAUAUCAUAUUUCUGAGUGACUUUGCAAGAGAGAAGGAGUGAAAUGGACGACUCCUUGAAGACGUUGGGACAUUCUAAUUUUCAAAUCAUGUUUAGUCUUUGGAAUUACUUUUGACGAGAAUUAAAAUACACUUUUAUACAUAUAAAA